AUGGCCCCCAAACCUUCGCAAGAUCCCGCGGGUCCGCCGCGCAAGGUCGAUGCCUUCACCGGGGACCUCAUUCACCAUGACACGUACCCUGACAUCGACCCAGUCACCGUCUCAGACUGCACAGGCAAAGCCGUCCUCGUCACGGGCGCGAGCAAAGGCCUCGGCAGGGCGAUUGCCAUCGGCUACGCGGAAGCCGGCGCAUCGAUGAUCGCCGUCGCCGCCCGUUCAGACGUCUCAUCGACAGUACGCGAUGUCUUGCAGGCCGCCGAGAAGGCCGGACGCGCCGAGCCGACCGUCCUGGCACUCGAGAUGGACGUCAGUAGCACGCCCAGCGUGAAGGCCGCCGCCGAAAGGUUGACGGCCAAAUGGGGACGCCUGGACAUCCUCAUCAACAACGCCGGCUACAUGGCGCCUUUCCAACUGCUGCUGGAGACCGACGAGGACGAGUACAUGAAGGCGUGGGACGUCAACUACUGGGGCACGUACCGAGUCACGAAGGCCUUCUUGCCCCUGAUGCUGAAGGGCGGAGACAAGACCAUCGUCAACAUGUCUUCGGUUGCGGCGCAUUUCAUGGGUGCCGGCGGAGGAGCCUACCACAUCUCCAAGUUCGCCCUGAUCCGGUUCACCGAGUUUGUCCAGGACGAGUACGCUGAUCAGGGAGUCCUCGCAUUUUCAAUUCACCCGGGUGGAGUCCCCACCGAGUUGUCUUCCAACUUGCCCGAGAAACUGCAGUUUCGCAUGAGAGAUACCCCAGAGCUCGCAGCGCAUUCUGUUGCGUAUCUGACCAGCACGAAGAGAGAUUGGCUAGGCGGGAGGUGGCUAAGCUGCAUGUGGGACAUGCCGACGCUGAUGAGCAUGGAGAAGAGGGUCGUUGACGGCAACCUUUUGAAAUUCGAGUGCUCGGGCUUGUGA